AGCUAGCUCGUGUAUCGACUUUUUCAUUAAAACGGGUGAGGACUUUUAUUUUGACUUGGUGUAUUCGAUGACAACAGAAGUUACAUUCCUGAUUGUUUUCAUUGCGUCCAAAGGGCAAUGAGACAUUAGCAAGUGUUUUCAUCGCCGUCCGUUUUGGAAAAAGCCUUGGCUGAGGUAACUGGUCAGCUGAAGUGUUUGGCUGAGAUCAGGGGAAUCACUGGGGUUUGAGAAAUGGCCAACUCACUCCGAGCAGAGGUAGUGCAGCUCUACAAAACUUUGCUGUUUCUUGGACGGGAGUAUCCGAAAGGAGCCGACUAUUUCAGAGACAGGCUGAGGGCUGCGUUUGCCAAGAAUAAGGAUGUGAGCGACCCUGAGAAGAUCAAAGAGCUCAUCAGCCGAGGAGAAUUCGUGGUGAAAGAGCUCGAGGCGCUCUAUUACCUCCGGAAGUACAGAGCCUUGAAGAAGCGAUAUUAUUAGACAGUAAAAAAAAAAAAAAAAAUCGCAUGCUGCACACUGCUUGAUAUUCACAUAAACAACAGCAGUGAGAGAAUGACUUUAACAUCAACAUAUAUUAUCUUAACUACACAUUUUAUCGCUAUUAUAAUAAAAACGAGCAAUAAAAUAAAAUAAAACGAUUUUAUUUGAUGAUCCAAAAUUCAAGUUCAGCUAUUGCCAACAGGUUUUAUACAGUCGUGUCUGAUAUGUUUUAGAAGGAUCUUUCUAAAUAAAACAGUGCUUGGCAGUGCUUUAUGCUGGUUCAAACAUCAGACACUAUUUUGUAUUUAAAAAGCAUUUAAUAACACUCAAACUGAGACGGUUUAAAAGUCAAAUGGUGUAACUUGAGCCGCUGUGAGGUAGAUACUGAGUCCUGAAGUUGUGCGUUUAAGAAAAACCACCACACUCUGAUACAUCCGCUCUGCAGAUGGGACAUGUGGCGUUCUCCUGUAACAAACAGAAAAAUGAUUAGUACAAAGCAGCUGUGAAUUAUUGGAUUAUGUUGUUAAAACAAGCUGGACCUUCAGCCAGCGGUCGAUGCAUUUGACGUGGUAAUCGUGGAGACAUGGAAGGAUCCUGAGUCGUUCACCCGCUUUGUAUUCACUGAAACAGAUCUGGCAACUGUAAAGAGAGUGUGAUUAAACUAUUGCAUUAUGGGAAAUUUA